AUGUCCAAGAUUGGUAUGGCCGGCCAGGGCAUCAACUCCCUGCAGUCCAACAACAAGGCCUGGAUCGGCGGCGGCGGGCCCAACACCUUCAAGUUCACUAACCGGGCCACGAAACCCUCGCCCGUGCCGGUGACUCUCGUCCUCUGGCUGUUCGAGAAUGACAGCGACUACCAGGCCAUGUGCGUCAACGUCCGCCGCCCAUACAUCACCGUGUCCCUGCCCAACAUCGGCAACAGCAUCGUCGUGUCGGUCGCCAACAACGUGAUUGGCGGCUUCGCGGCGCUCAACAACCACGCCACCUUCCUCAGCAACGCCGGCCUGGUCUACAACACCUGGGGCGAGUUCAACACCUUGAGUGGCAACACCGUGGAUGUGUCCCGCGAGGUUAACCCCCACGGCAACGUCAUUUCGAUCAAGGCGAACAACGGCUGUGAAGCGAAUUUCAGCAAGUGUGUCUUUCUCUGCAAGCAGUCCGGCCUCGACCACUGCGGCGACGCGGGCUCUUACCACCUCGUCAACUGCGGCGGCUCUAACCCAGGCGCUCACAGUAACAACGAUGGCACUCAGGGUGGAUGCUCCUACUGGGGCGGCAAGGGAAGCCACCUUGACGUUGAUCUAGGACGCAGCUAA